AUGGCCGGGGUCAGCUACGCGGCGCCCUGGUGGGUGAACCUCCUGCACCGGCUGCCCCACCUGGACCUGCAGUGGGAGCCCACCAGUGACCGAUUCCGGCCCGAGGACCGCGACUACCAGCAGGCGCUGCUGUUGCUGGGGGCAGCCGCGGUGGCCUGCCUCGCCCUGGACCUCCUCUUCCUCCUCUUCUACUCCUUCUGGCUGUGCUGCAGACGACGCAAGAACGACGAGCACCUGGACGCCGACUGCUGCUGCACUGCCUGGUGCGUCAUCAUUGCCACGCUGGUGUGCAGCGCCGGCAUCGCCGUGGGCUUCUACGGCAACGGGGAGACAAGUGAUGGAGUCCACCGGGCCACUUACUCGCUGCGCCACGCCAACCGCACAGUGUCCGGGGUCCAGGAUCGCGUGUGGGACACGGCAGCGGCUUUGAACCACACAGCGGAUCCCAAUCUGCAGGUCCUGGAGCGACAGCUGGCUGGGCGGUCCGAGCCCCUGAGGGCUGUGCAACGUCUUCAGGGGCUCCUUGGGACGCUGCUGGGCUACACGGUGGCCAUCCCAUUCUGGAGGAACCCAGCCGUGUCGCUGGAGGGGCUGGCUGAACUGGUAGACCUCUACGACUGGUACAGGUGGCUGGGAUAUCUGGGCCUGCUCCUGCUGGAUGUGAUCAUCUGCCUCCUGGUGCUGGUGGGGCUCAUCCGGAGCUCCAAGGGCACCCUGGUCGGGGUUUGCCUGCUGGGGGUACUGGCCCUCAUCAUCAGCUGGGCCUCCCUGGGCUUGGAGCUAGCUGUGUCGGUGGGCUCCAGUGACUUCUGUGUAGAUCCUGAUACCUUCGUCACCAAGAUGGUGGAGGAACACUCGGUGCUUAGUGGGGACAUCUUGCAGUACUACCUAGCCUGCUCCACCUAUGCCGCCAACCCCUUCCAGCAGAAGCUGUCAGGCAGCCACAAGGCGCUGGUGGAGAUGCAGGACACAGUGGCUGAGCUCUUAAAGACGGUCCCUCAGGAGUCCCCAGCCACCAAGGAGCCCCUGCUCCGCGUCCAGGAGGUGCUGAAUGGCACGGAGGUGAACCUGCAGCACCUCACAGCCCUGGUGGACUGCCGGAGCCUGCACCUGGACUACGUGCAGGCCCUGACUGGCUUCUGCUAUGACGGUGUUGAAGGCCUCAUCUACCUGGCCCUCUUCUCCUUCAUCACGGCGCUCAUGUUCAGCUCCAUCGUCUGCAGUGUCCCACACACCUGGCAGCCCAAAAGAGGCCCUGACGAGGAUGGGGAGGAGGAGACAGCUCCAGGGCCACGGCAGGCCCCCGACAGCCUGUAUCGUGUGCACAUGCCCAGCCUGUAUAGCUGUGGGAGCAGCUAUGGCAGUGAGACCAGUAUCCCUGCCACGGCCCACACCGUCAGCAAUGCACCCGUCACCGAGUACAUGAACCAGAAUGCCAACUUCCAGAAUCCCCGCUGUGAGAACACCCCCCUCAUCGGACGCGAAUCCCCACCACCCUCAUACACAUCCAGCAUGAGAGCCAAAUACCUCGCCACCAGCCAGCCGCGCCCUGACUCCAGCAGCAGUGUGCACUAG